AUGUUCCUUGAGGCCAUCAGCGACCCGGUGAUGCGGGCAAGCAUGCGCGCCUCCCUGCUGUGCCGGCAAACCACGAGCGUCACUGGCGAGUGCAGGAAGGGCUGCGUGCCAGAGCCGCAGCUGUGCGGCUGCUAUCUCGACCCCAAGGUCGUCCUGAAG